UUCCGACGAGGACUGGCCCCAAAUCCGCCAUUAAUUCAGUUUCUUCUAAAUUACAAGUAUGAGAAGAAGCGGGGGUGUGGUGGCUUUUGGACAACGCAACCGCAAGGGGAACGGAUGGAGAUACGAGGAGUUUGAGCAAAAAGAAAAGAAUAUAGUUUUAACAAAGCGUGCGUUGGAAAGAAAGAGCGCGAUACCCAUACCGAUGCCUUUUGUAAUUGGAUGGACCUCAGCCUGCCCAACGGUGAUGAAAAAUUAGAGUCCAUGAGGAGGAGGCCCAUCGAACUAUCGAACCCCCACCCGGCCCAUCAAGAGUAUGGGAGGAGACGAGACGACAGGACACGACAUGAUUCAGACAAGAUAGGGAGGGAGUGGAGAGUGGGCAGUAAUGGUAUAGUGUUUGGGGGAGGGACAUAUAAAGUGGUUUACAUUAUUAUGGAUUGGAUUGACUAAUUGAAAGGCUUUUCGUAGAGAUGGGAUAUUAUUGGAAGCAGUAACCAGCACUUAAUCCCCCGCCUGCCCGCAUCUUUAAUUAUUCCACAAACACCAAUCCCCCUUCACCCUUCCAUCUUACUCUAACUAAAGCCCCAUCCCAUCUAUAAUUGAUUCCCACCGUGUUCUUUGUUCUGGUGCUUAUUGUGCAGUGAGGGGUAUGGAAAAUUCUAACUCAAACUCGAUUCGGUCAAAUUUAAAUCAUUUGUUAAGCACAUGAUGAUAGUCAACCAUCAGAAGCACAAUCGCCGCUACUGCUUUUGUCCACUUGUUCUCCUCCCAAUCCCAAAUUCAUGCUUUUGUGAUGCCAAAAGCAGACAUUUAACAAACAUAUCCACCUGUAGAAAAAGUUAAAGCUGCUAUUAUUGUUUAAUUUUCUGCCCUCCAUCUCCCUCUACACCAACUUAAAUUAAGGAAAAAGAGAAGACAGACUUCAAACUUCAAAGUAGAAUGAAGGAUUACGCGGCUCUGCUGAUAGCCACCGCACUAUUUGCAUUCCUAUCGCCCGGAUUAGUGUUCCAGCUUCCCGGAAAGCAUAGGCCCGUCGAUUUUCUUAACAUGAAGACCAGUGUUGUGUCCAUGUUGCUUCACACCGUUAUCUAUGGUUUGCUUCUUUUUCUCUUCCUCAUCGUACUUAAUCUGCAUAUCUAUGCCUGAAAUCCAACUUAAUUGUAUGAAAUGUUUCCUUGAUGUUCAUAAGUUUUGGGGGCUGCUUCUCCUUUCUGCGUG